UUGUGUUUGCUUCUGGGCAGAGCUCCGUUUGAUCAGCAGCAAUUCGAGGAAGCGGGUAGAUUAUUUGAGGGCGAACAUGAUUUCGCGACAUUCUGCAAAACUUCCAAACUCAGGCCAGGUUAUGCGGCACCUCCUACAGUCAAGACCAUUCACAAGAUGGAGGUGGUGCCGGGUGUACCGAUGCUAGGAGAACAUGACAGCGUAGCUCCACUUUACAACUUCAUCAAUGUAUUAUGCACCGGAACUGGCUUUGUUCGACAUCAGAUUCGUAGAAUGCUUGGAGCAAUGGUAGCCGUGGGAUGCGGGAGGCUGACGCUUGAUCAAGUCAGAUACAUGCUGGAGCAGCCCGAUCCACAAAAUUGGCAUUCAAAGGCUGUGUGCAUGGCACCUAGUGGCCUGUACCUAAAACAGAUAUACUAUGAUGAAAAAGAUUUUGAGAAUCCAUCGCCGAUUGUCUCGAGUCAUCCGUACAAGAAUUUUGACGUGGGCAUCAUCAGAACACAGAAUGCAACCAGUGAAAUCUCUUGACAGUAGAAUUGUCUAUGUAAUUGUAAAAACGACCAACCUCAGAACCGAGUGGUGCUAUAUUAAUAGAAAUAACGGAAAGCUAUAGUCAUAUCCUGUCUUUAUUGUCGAUCGAUUCCUGAAAUCAGUCAAUGAUUUCAACUUUCAUGAUUGUGAAAAGAGUUUAUGAUUGGUAAUCAUAACUAUUAUUAUUGUAACAAUUGUUAUUGUAAUAAUUAUAAUAUUGCAUAAUAAUUAGAUGUAUAAAAGUAAUAAACGUGCACUCCGUUUAUUAGCACCUAAAAAUA